AUGGAUUUAAAGGACCUGAAUGCAACCAGAACGCUGAGUCCCUUGUCAGAUAGCAAGAGCAAGACAUGGGAAGAGGGGACCUUUGGAGGGUGUAAGCAUAUUCCUGAAAAGUUGUUUAGGCUUUCUGAUUCUGUUACUCCUACGUCUAGCAAAACUGACACCCUCUAUUCCCAUUUCAACUCAGCAAUGCCACGACUAACUCAUCCAUGUCAUCCAACCAAUCAUUCAUCACAUGAAAUAUCACAUGGAACCUCUAUACAUUGCCAGUGGUGA